UUGCCGCUUUUUCUGUUGGGCUCCAAGAUAUGGGUUGGAGCAGAAUUGCGCCAAACUGGCCUUCAGCAUCGGCCGUUCACAUCUUCUCGUUGAUUCAUCCCCGCUUUUGGGUAGCGGUUGCCAGUGUGGUUGCUUGGAGCUCAGAGAUUCGAGAUUUUUGUGUGAGAAUCUUCGACUCGCAGGUGAAGGAAGGCUUUCGGAACUGGGAUAGUCGUUUUGCGUGAAGGUGGAGUCUGCAGGAGCUCAGGUUGGAUUGUGGAGGUUUUGGCAAGGGUGUUGAGUCUUGGUCGUUUUUGUGGUGAGGGCUUGACUCAGAAGCGAACUAGCCAUGGCGCUGAUUGGGGCUCAUGCCCACAAGCUUCUUUGCACCCACCUCAAUUCCAGUUUAGCCCGCGACAGUCAAGCUCCGAGUGCCUCUCAGAAUGUAACUUUUGGAGCAUCCACGAGAUUGAAUUUUCCUGCUAUGGGAGUAAUGAAGCUCGUAUUCCAAGACACUAGUGCGACUUUACUCGCUGGCCAUGGUGUAGACUCUUACAAUCAGCGCUGUCGUGUGUACAGCGCUAGAGAUUCAUCCCCGGCUGCAACUUCCUCUUUAGAACAGGUGGAGACAGUAGACGAAGUAGAGACUGAAGCUGAAAAGGAAAUGACAACGUUAACAGAAACCGUGACAUCUGAACCAUCUUGUCCCUUGCCUGACGUUCCAUCCAGCAUGGUCCAAGUCACCCUAUUAAAUCCAUUGAAGUCAUCUCUCCCUCCUUCACAAGUUCCUUCAAACUCAGCACCGUUAUUGGUGUAUGUUCCGGGAAUGGACUGCACCGGACAAGGAAUACGUCGCCAGUUGCCUGGGCUUGUAGCCGCAGGAUACGAUGUUCGAUGUGUAUUCAUUCCGAGUGACGACAGAUCAUCAUGGUCACAACUUGUACAAAAGAUACUCCCUUUAAUGGAAAAAGAGGUGGAAUUCGACUCAGGCAAGCGUCGCCAUUUAACCGUGCUUGGUGAGUCAUUUGGUGGCUGCCUGGCAAUCCGGUUAGCGCAAGCUGCUCCGCAUAUAGUUUCCCGGCUAGUACUGAUCAAUCCGGCUACAAAUUUUAUCGAGAGCAAUGCACUUGCUAGUUUUGCUGCACGGACAGGGUUGUUGUCAGCUUUUCCUGAGCCUCUCUAUGAAAUAGCGCAGGAUAUAAUGUUGCCUCUGAUGGUGCGGAAGGGCCGUGUUUCGAGGACGGGUAACGAGGACAUGUUGUCACCUAUCGAUUUUGUUCCUGCUCAAUGUGCAGCUUGGCGAUUCUCUAUGUUAAAUGACAGCUUUGGACUUUCUGAUACGGAGAUUCAAAACAUCACUGUACCAACUAUCCUGUUUGCAUCGGCAAAGGAUCGGGUCUUGUUUUCGACAGCUGAGUGCCUUCGCCUGCAGAGACUUCUUCCGAACUCGAAGCGAGUGAUAAUGGCUGAAAGCGGCCACACACUUCUCUUUGAAGAUGCAAUCGAUUUGGCGCAUUUAUUAGACAAGUAUGGAUUUGCCCCACCCCUGAGUCCCUCUACUUCAUCCACUACAUCUGAGUCGCAUACAGAGGGGCAGCCUCAACAACCCAACCAGCUAUUAAAGAGGAAGCAUGAUGUUCCUGACGAACAGUAUGAUGAAUUGGGAAUGAUCUUAGAACCAUGGAAGAUACUUACAUCACCAUAUGUUACUGGGGCAGAUUCUCUCCCACAUCCAGAAAUGGAGCCGAGAAGACCGAGACUCUUUGUAGGCAAUCACACAAUGUUCGGGAUCUACGAUUCACCUAUUCUCGUUCAUGAGCUUUACACGAGGGGGUUUCGGGUUCGAGGAUUAGCUCAUCCAGGCCAUUGGGCAACCGGUGUAGGACCUGUAUUUGAGAGGUAUGGGAAUGUGAAAGCAUCAAAAUUUUCGGCAUAUAAGUUACUAAAGGAUGGAGAAGACGUUCUAUUAUUUCCAGGUGGUUCGCGAGAGGUUUGCAAACGGAAAGGGGAAGAGUACAAGUUAAUGUGGAAAGAGACAGUUGAUUUUGUGCGCAUGGCUACUCGGCUAAACGCCAUAAUUGUUCCAUUUGGGAUCCUGGGAGCAGACGAUGCAUACAAUAUUUUAUAUGACGGGGAUGAUUUUCUUGCAUCACCCCUCGGACCAGUUAUAAGAGCUAUUUACAAACGAUUUGACAUUGGCAUGGAGAAUAUUUAUCCUCUCACGACCUUACCUGGAUUAGGUUUACCCAGUGUUAUCCCUGUUCCCAGUAUAGAGCGCAUCUACAUUCACUUUGCAGAUCCUGUAGACACGACCGCGUACAAAUGUAAUCUAAAAAACAAAGAGGAUUGUAAAGAUUUGUACAUGUUAGUAAAGAAUAGGGUGGAGGAUGCUAUAGUGUACCUGAAGCAAGUACGAGAACAAGAUCCUGAGAGGGAGUUACCGACGCGUGUGCUGGGAAAAAUUGGAAGGUUGUUGCCUGAACGUAAACCGCGAACCUGAUUUAUACCAUUCCAUGCUCCGGCUAUUAGUUCCUACAUUGGGAUGAUUUGCUGGUAGUCAGGCGUAGCUUUGUUUUGUAUUGAUUGUGUGAUUAUUUUGUAGUGCUCCAUCAUGUACAGCAUUACUAGGAUUCCUUCAAAAAGAGAAACAAAUGACCCUCCAACUAAUACCGAGAAACAUCGUCUCUUUGUAAACAUUUGGACAUUUCAAUAUAUGACACCCCUCUUCAAACCUUAAAA